AUGAGAAAAUUAUUGCGAAGAGGAAUGGAAAUGGCAAACAACUUGAAGACAAAUGUCAAGAAUUCUGGUGACAAUCUCAAGAGUCAAUCAUCAGAUAAUUCCGAUCUAACAAACAAUAAUAAUAAUAACAACAACAACAACAACAACGCCGCUGCCAUAACAUUGCAAUGCUUUGGGCAACGCAUACAUCUAUUUAAUAGUGAUAAAUGUAAUGAGGAUUUUGAAUUUGUAAAUGUUUUAAAACCUGAAAUCCAGUUAAAGUCACCGAUUGUUAACAGUAUUAUAGAUUUACUGCUGAAUACAAAUGAAAGAAAUAAAACAUAUGAAGAAUUGGCUGAAUUUGUUGAUACAUUUGGUGGUCGACUGACUGGUUCUGAAGCAUUGGAAAACUCGACGAACUAUUUGAUUGAUAAACUGGAAAAUGAAAAGUUGGACAAUGUUUAUACUGAAGAUGUAUUGGUGCCAAAUUGGAGUCGUGGUCUUGAAUGGUGUCGUAUGAUUCAACCCAGAUAUCAAAAGCUAUCUAUUUUGGGUUUGGCUGGCAGUGUCAGUACACCUGAAAAAGGGAUCACUGGUCAAGUGGUUGUUAUCAAUUCUGUGGAUCAGUUGAAUGACAUUUCAAAAACAUUAUUGACAAACAAAAUAUCAUUAAUCAACAUAAAUCAUGUCAAUGGCUCUUAUGUUAAAUUUAAGUUAGAUAUCACUCGUACGGUGGCUGAAGCCGGAGGGUUAGCCGUAUUGUUCAAGUCAUACGCCAAGAAUGCCAUAUACUCUCCAUAUGCCGGUGUCAUUCGCUACCAUUCAAAGGAGCAUCAAAUACCAGCCGCCAGUAUUACCACCGAAGACGCAGAAUUAUUAACCAGAAUUAGCAAUAGAGAUGUCAAAGUGGUGAUCAGUCUUCAUCUGGAGUCUAAUUUUCAUGGCAUCAAACAAUCGAGAAAUUUAAUUGCGGAACUCGUGGGCACUCAAUAUCCUAACGAAGCCGUCAUUGUUAGCGCUCACUUAGAUAGUUGGGAUGUCGGACAAGGAGCCAUUGAUGACGGUGCCGGGGUAUUCAUGUGUUGGAGAACACUGGCACUUCUCAAUAAAUUAAAUUUAAAGCCUAAGAGGACAUUGCGUAUGGUUUUAUUUGUGGGAACAGAAUUAGGAAAGUUUGGAUCUAAAGCCUAUAUAGAGAGACAUAAGGAAGUGCUGGAAAAUGUAAGUUUAGUGAUGAACACAGACUUCGGUGCAUUCAAACCUUAUGGACUGACAUUUUCCGGUCAUAACACUAGAGCUCAGUGUAUUGUCAACGAAAUCCUUCAAUUGUUGCAAACAAUUAAUGCUACAGAACUAGUAAUAGGAAAGAGCUAUGACUUGACACAGAGUGACGCCAAUGAGUUCAUUAGUGCCGGUGUUCCGGCUUCGGGACUACUCAAUGACAACAGCAAGUACUGGCACUACUCACAUACCAGUGCCGAUACUAUCACUGCAAUUGACCCUUAUUUUCUUGAUCUAAGCACAAUUGUAUGGACAGUUAGUUCAUAUAUUAUGGCUGAUCUCAGCGUAAAAUUGCCAAAAGAUUGA